CCAGUCCUCGGGUUCUAAUUUCUGAUUGAGCGGAGCGGGUUCUGGGGCGGGUCCCGCUCUGCUUUUGACAGCUCUCUUUUGCACAGCCGCCUCCGAGUUCAGUGGGUUCGGAAACCUGUGGCCCCAUUCUCCGCGCGUCCCCGUCCCCCCGUGGCCCUGGCCCUGGCACCGGCCAUGAAGCGCAUCUUCUCCUGCUCCAGCUCACAGGUGGCGGUGGAGAGAUGGAACCGCCGUGAUCAGAAGCUGCUGGAAGCAGUGCAGCGGGGGGACGUGGGACGCGUGGCCGCCUUGGCCUCCAGGAAGUCCGCCCGACCCACCAAGCUAGACUCGAACGGCCAGUCCCCGUUUCAUCUGGCAGCCUCCAAAGGCCUGACAGAAUGUCUGACUAUACUGAUCGCGAAUGGGGCUGACAUCAACAGCAAGAAUGAGGACGGAAGCACCGCCCUGCACUUGGCCACCAUCUCUUGCCAGCCACAAUGUGUCAAGGUCCUGCUCCAGCAUGGUGCCAACGAAGAUGCUGUGGAUGCGGAAAAUCGUAGUCCGUUGCACUGGGCAGCCUCCUCUGGCUGUGCCUCCAGUGUGCUCCUGUUGUGUGACCACGAAGCCUUCCUGGACGUCCUGGAUAAUGACGGACGGACACCCCUUAUGGUUGCCUCGCUGGGUGCUCACGCAGCCAUCUGCUCACAGCUGCUGCAGAGAGGGGCCCGAGUCAAUGUCACAGACAAAGAUGACAAAUCGGCCCUGAUCCUGGCCUGUGAGAAAGGCAGUGCCGAGGUGGCUGAACUGCUCCUGAGCCACGGAGCCGACGUGGGGGCGGUGGACAGCAUGGGGCACGAUGCUUUGUACUACGGUAUGCGCACGCAGGACAAGGCGCUGUGGAAGCUGCUGCAGCAGGCCCUGAGCCGCCGGCGGCGGGGAGGUCAGGAGCUAGCUCAACAUCCGGAUGUUGCAUCUAAGGCCCCUCCAUCUGAGCCUCAGGUGGGGUCUCCACCUAAGAACUCAUGGAAAGCAGAGCCCGAGGAGGAGCAGGAGGAUGAGGAGGACGAAGCCCCAUGCUCAGACGAGUGGAGGUGGAAGUAUGAGGAGGAGCGGCGGAAAGUUUCUAAGCUGGAGCAGGAGCUCGGGCGAAAGGAAGAAGAGUGUAAGGCUCAAGCAGCAGCCUACCUGGGCCUGGAGAACCAGAUUCGCGAGCAGGUGCAGGAGCUGGGGCUCCUGUUAUCCCAGGAGCUCGGAGCUCCAGGAGGCCAGGGCUCCCCUCUCCGGCCUGGAGGAGAUGGCAUGGAGCAGGGCUGUCCCCUGGACCUGCUGGCUGAGCGCAUACAAGAGCUAAAGAAGCAGCAGCGGGCAGCAGCCGCAGGUGCAGCAAACCUGGUGUUGGCUCCUGAGAAGGCUGAGGAUUCGGCCCCAGGGGAGGGCCCUUAUAAAGCCCAUGGAAGGUCCCAACCAGAAGAACAGAGGCCACUCCAGAGCCCAAGGUCAGAGACCGUGGGGAACAUCACAGGUCAACAACUGCCUGCCAACGGCGGAGAGGCCCUAGGCCCUGAUCAUACUGAGCAGCUGCUUAAUGGCCAGAAGGAGAGGCCCCAGGCCCCAGGGGCCAGACCAACAGGCACAGUGGUUGAGCCAACGGGCACAGCAGCCACGCCCCAGCUCCUGCUACAGCUGAGGGAGGAACUGGCUGCAGUGUGGCGGGAAAAGGAUGCUGCCUGGGGCGCUUUGUCCAGACCGGUCCUGGAAGGAGCUCUGGGCACACCCCAGGCUGAGGCUGCUGCAGCUGCCUGGGAGAAGAUGGAGGCCAGGUUGGAGCAGGUGCUGGUGAGGCUGGAUCGGGCAAAGGCGGGACUACAGGAAACACCUGAGGCCCCUGCCCAGGAGCCCAAAGAGGGAGCCCCAAAGGUGGGCCCAGAGACCAUCACCAAAGAGGAUGAAGGGAGGGAGCAAAGGGCUCCGGGUGCCCGCGGGGAGCCUCUCGGCGCCCCUGGUGGGGAACAGAUGCCAGGAGGAGGCCCGGCAAAGGGACCGCUGGAGAAGGAGGUGUCGGCACUGAGGCUGAGCAACAGCAACCUGCUGGAGGAGCUGGGGACGCUGGGGCGCGAGCGGCAGCGGUUGCAGGGGGAGCUGCAGUCCCUGAGCCAGCGGCUGCAGCGGGAGUUUGUGCCCAAGCCAGAGGCGCAGGUCCAGCUCCAGCAGUUGCGGCGGAGUGUGGGGCUGCUGACCGAUGAACUGGCCAUGGAGAAGGAGGCCACCGAGAAGCUGCGGAAGCGCCUGGCGUCCCAGAGCAGUGGCCUCCGAGGGCUGUGGGACUGCCUGCCCCCAGACCUGGUGGGCAAAGGAAGUGCGGGGGGCCCAGCCACCCAGCCCUUGGAGGAGCUGCAGGCCUGCAUCAGCACCCUGGUGGCCAGGCACCGUGAGGCCCAGCAGGUGCUGGCUCGGCUGGAGGAGGAAAACCAGCGGCUGCGGGGGUCCCCCGCCCAACGUGGGGAGCCAGGCGCCUCGUCCAAGGUCCCAGCCUGCCCCGAAGUGGCCGCUUUGGAGCAAGACCUGGGGAAGCUGGAGGAAGAGCUGCGGGCCGUUCAGGCCACGAUGAGCGGGAAGAGCCAGGAGAUCGGGAAGCUGAAGAAGCUGCUCUACCAGGCCACCGAGGAGGUGGCUGAGCUGAGGGCCCGGGAGGCGGCCAGCCUGCGGCAGCACGAGAAAACUCGAGGCUCGCUGGUGGCCCAGGCCCAAGCGUGGGGCCAGGAGCUGAAGGCUCUGCUGGAAAAGUAUAACACCGCUUGCAGGGAGAUGGGCCGGCUGCGGGAGGCCGUGGCGGAGGAGCGCCGCAGGAGCGGCAACCUGGCGGCCAGGGCCGCGGAGCAGGAGCGCCAGGCGGGCGAGAUGCGCGGGCGCUCGGAGCAGUUCGAGAAAACCGCUGAGCUGCUCAGAGAGAAGACGGAGCACCUGCUGGGGGCUUGCCGGGACAAGGAGGCCAAGAUCAAGGAAUUGUUGAAGAAGCUGGAGCAGCUUUCAGAGGAAGUCCUAGCAGUUCGAGGGGAAAAUGCUCGCCUUGCCCUGCAGCUGCAGGAUUCCCAGAAGAACCACGAAGAGGUCAUCUCCACCUAUAGGAACCACCUGCUGAAUGCUGCUCAGGGCUACAUGGAACAAGACGUGUACAAUAUCCUACUGCGAAUCCUCAGCAUACAGGAGUGAGGCGGCCUGGGCCCUGAGGGGGCUGGGGUUUCUCCCUCGAAGUACAAGCAUCCUGGCUGCCAGAGGCUUCAUUGGGCUGUGGUGGGUGGGGGUUUGGCCACCAGGGAUAGUGUGGGUGGGGCUUCAUCUGACAUUAUGGACCCCAGACCUGAGAACCUGAACCCUGGAAUCAGCAUGGGUACGGCCAGGGGAGGUAUGGAUGGAAGCCAGAUCUGUGGAAAAUAACGCGGGAGGCAGAAUGGUAUUGGGUUAUCAUCAUUUUUUUUUCCGUUUAAAGGGGAGUGGAGGAAAGAAUCUUUUUCAUUCCUUUUUGAUCACAAAUGGCCCCAUAAGUCAGCAGCUUUCAAACUCUGACUAUGAUCCAUAGUAAGAAAUACAUUUUACAUCCUGUGCGUACAUAUCUGAAAUAGUAAGUGCCCUUACUAUUUCUAUUCUAGUCUAUUCUCUGCUAUGAUAUGCCACUGGAAAAAAAAAUAUUGGUCAAAAUACAUCCACUAAUGGGUCAAGACCCACAGAUUGAAAAACAACCUUCUGUGAAAACGGGGAUUGAAACUCUUUCUUUCUCUUUCUCAAAUCUGUCUCUUACCGACAGACACAACUCUAAUAAUUUUUCUCUACUUUGGGACUCCUGAGUCCACUAUCUUUUUUAGGGAGGUGAAAUUGAGACACUUGGAUUUUGAGAUGUACAAUCUAAAAUAUUCUUUCGUGUAUUAAACCGUGUGUUUAGAUUUGAAGCA